UUAGACUGAGAGGAGGCGUGGACUGCCCCAUUCUCUUAAAUGUCAGCACUCAGAACAGAGCUCCAGACCUUAUUUUGAAUCUGACUCCGAGUUCUGUAUCAUUUGGUUCACCCUAUUAUUACUCGUAGUUUGUUAUGGUACACAAAGACCUUUGUGAACAUAGCUCCAGUCCAUGCGAAGUUUGAACCAUUAUUAAUCUGAGGAUGACUAAAGACGCAUUAGCUGUCACUAUCGUGGUCUUGUGGCUGCUCUGCAAUCCGGCUAGGAUCAGGGGAAACGGGGGAUUUCAAGGCGCCAUUCCUCACCCAAAUAAAUACAGCCCAAACCAGUCGGAACACUCGCCGCAGACACCGCAGGCCAGCUCCAGGGGAAUGGGACUGCCUUCGGUCGCGGACGAGGUGCUGGACUCCAGCCAGGAGGCUUUACACGUGACGCAGCGCAGUUACCUCAAACUUGACUGGUGUAAAACACAGCCGAUGAAACUGAUGAUCUACGAGGACGGGUGCCAGCCGCUCGUCAUCAUCAACCGCUUUUGUUACGGACAGUGCAACUCAUUCUACAUCCCUCGACAUGUUUAUCAAGAGGACAGUGCGUUUCAGUCGUGCUCAGUGUGUAAGCCAAAGAGUUUCACUACAGUUACUUACACGCUCAUCUGUCCCGGCCAGACUCCCAGCACGCGGAAGAAGCGCGUGCGCCGCGUCAAACAGUGCCGCUGUACUUCUGUCGACUUGGAUUAAAAUUAGCUGAGGUCAUUGU